ACACGCAUUCAAGACAUCGUUAGCCACAGAAUCACCCAAUCGCACGACAAUUUCCAGGUAUGAAAACUUGAGUCGUGGUGUCACAUACAGCUUGUGGUCUACUUGCAUAUGCGACAUCAAACUCCACAUCUGUUUCACCGGAACACCAAGCAAGGAUACGUAGACUUCUUCACCGGUAUCAAUACUGCAAGCAUGGAUGAAGAAGAUCCAAUUGAACAAGAGAUCAAUGUACACCUUACGAAAGCAUUGGCUGACAACCUCUAUCUGUUGCAGUACCCAGUCAGACCAAGCUUUAUGACGUAUGACAGUGUGGAAUUGCUGUCUGGAAAAGUUAAACCAGGACAAAGUAGGUUAGAGCUAGAGGUAGCCCUAAACACAAGCAGCAGCCAUUACUGCAAGAGCAAAGGGGAGCAGUUUGCACUCAAUGUGGAUGGCAAGAUUGGUGAAGGGGCCUCAUUUUUUACAAGUGACAAGAUGGACAAACAGGUUCUGACAUCCCAUCCUACUGGGGCACAGGUGGGCAGAUAUGCUGUCGGAUAUUUCAAAGGAGGUGAGCUGUUUAUGAGCCCUGUUCGAGCCCAGCUGCAAAUGAAGCCCAGUUUCUCUUACCUCGACAAGUCAGACACUCGGGCGGAAUCAAAACAGGCAGCUUUGGAACAAGGAGACUCGAGCCAAGAUGAAGCUGAGGAGGAGGCUACAGCUGUCACAGUGACGUUUGCACGUCAGAGUCGGAUGCUGCCAAGGCGAGACGAGGAGGAGUCCUGGCUGCCACUACACUAUUAUAAUGUCUAUAGUGAGGAGUCUGAGCGUGAGCUGACCAGGCUGCUGUGUGAGGUGAAGGAGGCCAGCUCAGAGUUCCACGUGGAGUCUACAGAGUACCUCAACAUGCUCAUGUCACAUGAUAGUGAGAUCAAACAGUACGUACCUCAACAUGCUCAUGUCACAUGA